AUGUACUUGCGCUCCGAUCACGCCGACGCCGACGUCGCCACGCUGCGCAGGCUCAUCCGGGAGAACCCUCUGGGCAUCCUCACCACGGCGCUGCCCUCGGACAGCUUCCCACUGCUGCAGAGCUCGCACAUUCCGUUCCUGCUCGACGUCGAGGACGAGUCGGGCGAGACGGAGCAGGGCGUGCUGCGCGGCCACAUGGCGCGGGCCAACCCGCACAGCAAGGCGCUGGUGGAAGCGGCGACCGCCGCCGGGGCAUCGUCGGACGGGUCUCUGCCGCACGAGGUGCUGGUGCUGUUCAACAGCCCCGUGCAGCACUACGUGACGCCCAAGUUCUACACCGAGACCAAGCCCGCCACGGGCAAGGUGGUGCCGACGUGGAACUACGCGGCGGCGCAGGUCUACGGGCGCAUCACUGUCCACCACGACACCGCGUCGUCGGCCGCCGCCGCGCGCUUCCUCAGCAAGCAGCUCGCGGACCUGAGCGACAUGAGCGAGCGUGCCAUCAUGGGCUACACGGGCGAGGGCGCGGCGCCGACCGCGUGGAAGGUGGCGGACGCGCCGGACCGGUACACGGCGCUGCUGAGCAAGGCCAUCAUCGGCAUCGAGAUCACCAUCGACCGCCUGCAGGGCAAGUUCAAGAUGAGCCAGGAGAUGGGCGACGGCGACCGCGCCGGCGUCGUCGCCGGCUUCAGGGGCCUGGGCACGGAGCUGGGGGACCGCAUGGCGGCCACAGUCGAGGAGCGCGCGGAGCUGAAGAAGGCGAGGAAAGCGGCGACGCAGGAGGCUCAUUGA